CCUCUGUCUUAUAAAUACAUCCUCACUCGAAAAACCAAAACCCCCCCCUCAAGACAAGAGGGACUGACGCUCGUUUGGAUUUUGAGAUUCAAAAUCCCUUCACUCUGGCAUGCAUUCAACAACGUCCGCCGCGCUUAUAGGGUUUCUCCUCCUGAUUAGCGUGUACUUCGUGACGCGCCGGCCAAAAGCAUCGUCUUCUUCUUCCUUGCCCUUACCGCCGGGACCCAAGCCACUGCCUUUGAUCGGGAAUGUUCACCAAGCUCCCAAGUCCCAUGGAUGGAGGGCCUAUCGUGAAUGGAAUGAGCAGUAUGGCCCGAUUGUGCACCUUAAUAUGCUUGGCCAACCGGUCAUCAUCUUGUCGACCUCGGAAGUAGCCCAUGACCUGCUCGCCAAGCGUGGUGCGAUCUUUUCCGAUCGACCUCGACUUUUUCUAGCGACAGAGUUGGCCCUGAAAGGGCUGAAUAUCCUCAUGAUGAACUACACCGAUCAAUUCCGACAUCACCAGCGGCUCCAGGUCUCGGUGCUGAACGCGACUCCCGCAGCAGCGUAUCUGUCCGUGCAGACCUUGGAAUCACAGCAGUUGCUGCACGAUCUCCUCCUGGGAAGUAGCGGGGGUGCCGGAAUCGAUGUCCAAGCCCCGUUCCAGCGGACGACGGCGAGUAUCAUCCACACCUUGCUGUACGGGUUCCGGAUCCGAGACCCCAAUGACCCGGUCCUCCGCAGCGUGGUCAAACUCAACGAGGAGUUCUCCGAGUUCAUCCAGGUGGGCGCGCACAUCGUCGAUCAGUUCCCGGUGCUGAACCAUCUGCCGGGCUUUCUGGCGCCCUGGAAAGCGACGGCGGAGAACCACUACAACACCAAAUAUGCGCUGCGGAUGGAGAACUUUCGCCGGGCGCUGGAGGACUCGGACGCCUGGAACAUCUCCAAGCAGCUGAAGAAGACCGUGGAAAAGGAUGACGGCCGCGACAAGAUGCCCCUGGACGAGCUCGCCUUCGAGCUGGGGACGAUGAUCGACGCCGCGCUCGACGGCACGACCGACAGCCUGGUCUGGUUCGUGGUCGCGUGCAUUACCCAAGGCCAUCAGGGCUUCAUCGCCAAGGCUCGCGCCGAGCUCGACGCCGUGGUCGGCCGGGACCGCCUGCCGCGGCCCGAGGACAAACCCCAGCUGCCGUACAUCACCGCGAUCGUCGACGAGGUCCUCCGGUGGCGGCCGGCCGGCCCCGAGGGCGCGCCGCACCUCAACCGCGAGGAGACCACCUACAACGGCUACCGCAUUCCUAAGGGCUCGGUGGUCGUGGCCAACAUCUGGACGAUCGCUCGGGAGGAAGCCGUGUUCGGCCCCGACACGGACGAUUUCAUCCCGGAACGCUGGCUGGAUGAGAAGGGAGAAUUGCGGGCUCUUCCGGCUCCGGCUUUUGGGUAUGGAAGGCGCACCUGCCCGGGGCGGUACUUCGCGCGCAAUGUCCUCUGGAUCAUUGUGGCGCGGCUGCUCUGGUCGUUUGAGAUCAACGCGGGGUUGUCCGAGGAGACGGGCGAGCCGAUCCCCGUGGACCCGGAGGCGUGCACCUACGGUUUGGUCAUGCGUGCCCUGCCCUUCAAGGCGAGAUUCAUCCCUCGUGGGCCCUGGGUGCGGGAAGUGAUUACUCGAGAGGGUGACACUUAUAGCACGGAUCACACCGCGCUACUGAGACAGAUUGGGGCUGAGUUUUCGAAGCUGUAACUAAAUAGGCCAAGCGGCGCUUUCAGUCCUUAGUCUUGACAUAAGCACAUAGACCAUUUACAACCAAUGCAAACUGGGGAGGGGCGGGAGGAGGGGGCAAGCAUUCGUACUAAAUGAUUCAAUUAGCCUACAACACGUCGUGGUCGGUUGUAGCGAAUGGCUAGCUCGAAAGGAGUGCCAGGAACGAACGCCCUCGAAUGGAUGGGGGCGGAGAAAGACGGGCAAGGAUAGAUGCCAUAAGCAUCCAGUGGAAAAAUAUGGCUUAGGUAGCACUCCUUAGUCAAGGGGAUCUUAUAAAUAGCAUGAAC